AUGAGUUUCGACGAACACGAAAUACCAUUAAUAACAGAGGAGGAAAUAGCUUGUUUAUUGGAACAGGACGAUCUCAGCCCUGAGCUACAAGCGUUAAUUCAACAAUACCAACAAGCGGUUGCCGUUCAAGAAUCAGAGCCAACAGAAGACAACUCCAUUGGCACGAAAUGUGCCAUUGUGUCUAGCUUUCAGAAUUACCAACUCGUCCUAUUACCCGCCAUUAUCCUCGACUAUCCCUCUGCAGAUCAAGCAAACGUUGUCAUACUUACACCCGUUACCAAUGAUACUGUACCGUGUUCCCAUUACUUUCGUAAUGAAAAGCAAUGUACUAGCUGCGCUUAUUCGCAUGGCCUUGUUGUACCAACCGACCGUAUUUUGCCUUUUGAAGCUCUGGAAACAGACACCAAAAUGGAUGAUUUACAAUACGGGAAGAAGGUUUGGUGUAAGAAAGAAAGUGAGGAUGUAUGGAAGUUAGGAAAUAUUAUUGAUCAAUUGCAUGGUCCCAAAUGGCGAGUUCGAUUGAAGGGGAGCAGAAAGAGAGAUAUUGUGAAUGUGGAUAUGGAGCACAUUAUGGCGUUUAAAAGCUUAGAUGAUCAUGACGAGAGUGAAGACGAGGAUGAGGAAUGGAGCGAGUCCGAUGUGGAAUCUGUGGAUGAAGUCACUACGGUAGUAACUGAUAAAAAGUGGGGAGAUUGGCUACCUUAUACUACUGGAUUUGCCGCUAAAAUGAUGAAAAAAAUGGGUUAUGUUGAAGGAAAGGGAUUAGGGAAACAAGGAGAGGGACGUGUUGAUCCGAUUGAUACAAGGCCAUAUUCAAAGCAGUGGCAAAGAGACGGUCUGGGUCGCAGGAAGAAAAGCCCCAAUAAGAAGAAAAAGCCCACCGAUAAAAAAAAGACGGUCCAAGACAAUACAGAUAUGUUUGCCAUGGUGAAUACGCUAUUAGACACAAAAGAAACCGGACCAUCUGUACCAAAAAAUACAGCCACUAGAAGGCAAACAAAUCAGACCAAAGCAGAACUUCAAUCUAGACUGGAUAAGGCAGAGAAGGAAUACAUUGAUGCGACAGAAGCCUAUCGUCGGAAUAAACAAUCUCCGAUGAAAGAUCAAUUUGGAACGAAAUUAAAAAAUGCUACCAGCAAAUUACAAGACUUAAAGAAAUUAAUGGAUGAACUUGAUGGUCAUGUCAGACGCGAAAAGGAGAAGAAGGAUAUGUAUACAUUUUAA